ACAAGAAAGUACCUAACACGCGUGCUGUAGACGAGAAACGUUCAGUCGAGACAGAGCUCAUCCACGGGUUAGUUGAUUUAUUCUCAUCCAACAGACAAAAUGGCCGAUGUACCAAAACGUGAUCUUGAAAAUAUCGAAUUCGUUUUCGAAAUCAUGGGCUCUGCCGGUGUGGGCAUUGAUGCCGUUGAUCUAGGUGAUGCCCUCCGCGCCCUCAACUUGAACCCAACCUUGGCGUUGAUCGAAAAAAUGGGCGGCACCAAGAAGCGCAAUGAGAAGAAAAUCACCUUCGAAGAAUUCAUCCCCAUCUACGCACAAGUGAAGAAGGAGAAGGAUCAGGGCUGCUACGAAGAUUUCAUUGAAUGUUUGAAAUUGUACGACAAAGCCGAGGAUGGCACAAUGCUGUUGGCUGAAUUGCAACACGCCCUGCUGUCACUUGGUGAGGCAUUGGAUGAUGAGCAAGUUGAGACUCUCUUCGCCGAUUGCAUGGACCCCGAAGAUGAUGAAGGCAUGAUUCCAUACUCCCAGUUCAUCCAGAGAAUGAUGAGCGAUCCAGUUGUCUUCGACUAAACGCAUUUCUUGCCAGAAUGUGUGAAAGACCAGAUAUGCUAUAAAAUCACCAUUCACUUAUAGCGGCAACCAUUCUCCAUAGAUGUUUUAUUCAUCUCUCUCUCGUAUAUUUAUUUUUAAUUAAAUUUUAAUUUCUUUCUUUUUAUGAAUGCACUAAUUGCAUUACAAAGGUAGUGCGAUUACUUUUCAACGAAUAUCUACAUAAAGAGUAGCAAAACAAAACCUUACAAACACAAAUUAUGAAAAGCUUAAAGUAAUUUUUAAAUUAUGUAUAUAAAACCAAAUUAUACCAAAAAAAAAAAAACUAAAAUUAUAAAA